UGUCAUGUUUUGUCCAUAACACUGUAACAUAACUAAUCUUUCUGUUGUAGGAGUCUCAAAGGCCGUAGACCACAUCAAUUCAACUCUUGGACCUGCACUUGUUGGCCAGGAAUUGUCUGUGGUUGAGCAGGAGAAAAUUGACCAGAUGAUGAUUGACUUGGAUGGCACAGAGAACAAAUCCAAAUUUGGAGCAAAUGCCAUCCUGGGUAUUUCCCUGGCUGUUUGCAAAGCUGGUGCAGCAGAGAAAGGUGUCCCCCUGUAUCGUCAUAUUGCUGACCUUGCAGGAAACCCAGAGGUCAUCUUGCCUGUGCCGGCCUUUAAUGUGAUCAAUGGCGGCUCUCAUGCAGGCAACAAGCUCGCCAUGCAGGAGUUCAUGAUCCUGCCUAUUGGUGCAAGCACCUUUAAGGAAGCCAUGCGCAUUGGAGCAGAGGUCUACCACAAUCUCAAAAACGUCAUCAAGAUGAAAUACGGUCAGGAUGCCACCAAUGUGGGCGAUGAGGGAGGCUUCGCUCCAAACAUUCUGGAGAACAAAGAAGCUCUGGAGUUGGUGAAGGAGGCCAUCGCCAAGGCAGGAUACACCGAUAAGGUUGUGAUCGGCAUGGAUGUGGCAGCGUCUGAAUUCUACAGGGAGGGAAAAUACGAUCUGGACUUCAAGUCGCCCGAUGACCCGAGCCGUUACAUCAGCCCUGACGAGCUGGCCGAUCUCUAUAAGAGCUUUGUGAAGGAUUAUCCAGUGGUUUCCAUCGAGGAUCCCUUUGACCAGGACGACUGGGCGGCCUGGUCCAGCUUCACAGCCAGCACAGAGAUCCAGGUUGUUGGUGACGAUCUCACGGUGACAAACCCUAAUCGCAUCAGCAAGGCUGUGGAGGACAAGGCCUGCAACUGCCUGCUGCUUAAGGUCAAUCAGAUUGGCACAGUAACGGAGUCCAUGCAAGCGUGUAAGAUGGCUCAGGAGAAUGGCUGGGGGGUGAUGGUCAGCCAUCGCUCUGGAGAAACCGAGGACACCUUCAUUGCAGAUCUGGUGGUCGGCUUGUGCACUGGACAGAUCAAGACUGGGGCACCCUGUCGCUCUGAGCGUUUGGCCAAAUACAACCAGAUACUUAGAAUUGAAGAGGAGCUGGGGGACAAAGCACGUUUUGCUGGCAAAAACUUCAGAAAGCCCAUUUAAAUGGAUGGUGCAUUUACCUAACAUACAAAUGGAUCCAUGCAUAGUAAAUCCAUGACCACACAUUGGAUAAAAAAAACUUGAAAUUAAAAACACAUUGGAGCUAUUUGGUAAUUAAUUUAUAGAGCACUUACUGUACUUACUGCAAUUGUAACAAUCAAGUCUUCUACUGUAUUAUGUUCCGUUUGUUAGUGUGGGUUAAAAUAACUUGAGUAAAAUACAUUUGCAGUGCUGAAUAACUGUUAUCACAAAAUCUGCACUUUGAGACGGUUAGUAAUAAAGUUGUAUUAGUGACCAAA